AUGGGUAAGGACGUUCUCUUGUCUCUGGAAAACCUUUCCCCUUGUCCUUGGAUGCCCAGCUUGUUUGCCAGUGGACCACCAACCGAGCUUGCCACAUCAGGAGAUAACUUGCGAAACCACAUCACUAAUCGAGACACAAAGUGGGCGUUCCGGGCAAAUACAAAGGCUGCGAGACCUGCCGUCUUCGUCGAGUAA